AUGCUCUGGAGCAGUUGGAAAAUAGCGUUAGGGUCCGAGCUGGAAGGAGGAGCAGCAGCAGGCUGUUGUGCAGGCUCGGCAGGAGCUGGAGGAGGCGGAGAAACCAUCUUGGCGGAACCAGAACCGGAAACAGGAGACGGAGUCUUUUUGGCCAGGUUUGCAAGGGCCUGUAACACGGAGGUUGGGUCUUUGGACGAGGAGGAGCCUGCAGGAGCAGAAGGCUCGACGGUGGGCUCGACAGCAAACUUGACUCUCUUUUUAGGGGGGGUUCCUGGAGGAGUGGUGGUACGGAAAUACUUAUCUUUGAUGGAUGUGAUUAUCGAUUUGUUGAACGUGUCUCCCUUGUCCCAUAUCUCUACGAGCUUACCAAUCUUCUCCUUCACGUCAGGUGAGGAAACAGGCACAGCGUCGUCAACAAGGUUCUCAAUCAUGGACUGGAUCUUGAAGACGGCCGAAUUGGCUGUUCCUUCUGGAGAAGACUCGGUAAUUUCUGUGGAAUCGGACUUGGAGACCUGGUCGAUUAAUCCUCUCACAAUCGCGUCCACAACAUACAGUGUACCCAAUUUGUUCGAAGCUGGCGUGGCCUUACAACACGAAUACAGUUUCGAAACAAGCUUGGACUCUUCAGACACGUUGUUGAGGAAAAUCUCUUUUAGUUUCUUGAUUCUUGUACCGGAAACUCCUGGCGGUUUCACUCCCGGUAAUUCUUUUAAUAUCGUUUCAAAUUCUUCAACAGACAUAGGUACAAAUACAAAUUACUCUUAG